AGUGACCUUGUCAACUUGACAUUCUGUAUUUGUACAAAAAAAUUGGUAUUCUAAUUAAAAAUAUCCAAGAAUUUUAUAAUAAACAAUAGGAAAUAAUUGUAAUUCGUGACACAAAAUGGGCAACUGGAAACUAGAAGUCGGACGAAUGGCGAUGUAUACAUCAUUCCCAGUUAUCUUAUUUUUUUACUUCAACCAACCUAAAUAUUUCGAGGAAUGGGUAACAAAGACUAAACGGCAAAUAUUCCCACCAGAAAAACCGCAAGAUCGGGAAGCAAUACAGAAAUUGAUCCAAGAUAUGAGGAAAAAGCAAAUGAAGGCACUUGAAGGCGAAUAAAUAUAAGAUAACAAAUACCGUUGCAUUUUGUUACAUUUUUAGGACCUCGUAAGUUAGAUAAUAAAUAUAAUAUAGAUAUAUGUUACAAUUACUGCUUUUAUUUACUUUGUUCAAGAUUUCUUUUAAUUCUCUCAAAUUGUUUUUUUUAUUGACUAGGUUAGGUUAUUUCCAUUGUAAUCUUACAAUAGUUUAUAGUAUUUGUAAACAAUUUGUGUGUGGAUUUGCACUCAUAUUGCUAAACGAAACUUAAUGUAGCUUUCAUAAUUCCAACAUAUCUCAAUACAGAAUCUGCUACCAAAUGAA